AUGCCGCCAAAGAAACACGCCAAGGCCCAGCACUGCGAUGAGCCUGUCGCGUCGGCCGCUACGCUCACGUCUGCGGCUGUGGUCGCAGCCCCAUUGUCCACGCCCACGAUGGUGACGCCUUUCGGCAGACGUUCGCCGUCGAUCCCGACGCCGGUACCGAUGCCGACGUCUACGCCGAUGUCCACAACGAUGCCAGACCUGUCUUCGCCUGUGGCUCCUCGGGAAAAGCCAAAGCACGAGCGCAUAUCAAGCAACCAGGAGCAACUUGAGUACGUCUCGCCCGUCAAGAAGUUGAAGAAGUACCUGGAGGCGCACAAACCGCGCGUGAUCGACAACACUAAUUUGCGGACGUUUAUUGCCAGCAACGACAUGAGUGAUCCCCAGAUCCGCGGAUCUGUGCGGAUUCAGGCGCGCCUCUUGUGGACCGCCGAGGACGACACCCACAGAGCGCGCUUCCUGCGCGUCUAUCUGGGGGACCACAUUAUGCGGCUCUGGCACAUCAUUGUCGUACAGGUCUACCAAGAUGCGCAGCGCGAGAACACAUUUGAAGCAAACAAAUACCUCAUCACGCUGUCACUAUACGACAUCAAGAAGGAUAAUCCGAUGCUACCACCACCGGGCUCAAUCGUGACGGUCGUGACGACUAAGCCCCGCAUUUACAACGAUUGCUGCCAGAUCGACAGCAAGCUCCACAUGAUCUCGACGAUCGCUCCACCAUGA